GAUGGUUACGGGAUCUUCAUCAAUAUGAUCGAACAAGUCCACGGCUAGUUUGGAAAACUCGCGGAUUCGCGCUCCCUGUAGCAGCUGUGAUCGUCCAGAAUGCUGGGGCUCGGUAGGCUGGAAGAUGGUGGCUACUAAGUCUUCGGGGCGGCACAUACCUUCUAGACAUUUUGGCUGCGUCGUCGAAGCUCAAAUACUAGACAAAAUAGAUUGAUGCUAAAGGUCGGUAGGACGGAGGACCGGUGGCUUGCGGACCUGUAGGGCAAUACCUGAGAUCAAACGGGAUGCGCUGUCGAUGCUGCGGGCGCAAAGACGAAGCCGGCAACGACGCCGCCGUCUCGACGGUCUGUGGGCAAUUCGAGAUCAAUCAGUCGUACGGAGGUGCAAUGACCAGCAGUCGGUUCAAGGUCGCACGCACAGCUGGCCGGAGCGCGGGAGCACCAUAAGAAGAGUUCGAAGGAGAAAGAGCUCGGGAACACAGGCCCGGCGGGUUGUCGUUGGAAGUGGGUCGGUCGCCUUCCGAAGGAGUCCGGGGGUGGCGGUCAGUCAGAUGGCUGCCAGGUCGGAACUCGGGGUAUGGUCACUAUGGUGUCAUGCGCUGUAUUGGGCCGCAGAAAUGGAAUCGGCAGGAGGUUAAAUCUCUUGAUAAGAGAUGGCCGGCUUCGCCUGU